AUGCGUAGUAUAACUGAUAAGAUCGAUGCCCAGCGCCCAGGUAAAAAAUUUACAUGGGAAGAGCUUGCCAAGCACAACACACGUGAUGACGCCUAUGUUGCUGUUCGUGGAAAUGUCUAUGAUAUCACGAAUUUCAUAAAAAAUCAUCCGGGUGGUGAGGAUAUUUUGUUGUUUGCCGCAGGGAGAGAUGUUACUCAGGCAUUUGAGACAUACCACGAACUUGGGAAACCUGAUAUCAUCCUCAAAAAAUAUUUUAUUGGAACUCUUGUAUCCAAUGAAUUACCGAUUUUCCCGGAACAAAGCGAAUUUCAUCGCACAUUAAAGAAGAGAGUCGAAGAAUAUUUUCGGAAAAAUGAAAUUGAUCCAAAGAACAGUCCAAGCAUUUGGCUUCGUUAUGUUAUUAUCUACGGUAUGCUAUUGGGUUCUUAUUAUGCUCAAUUUUAUCUACCAUACGUUGUCGAGAGAACUUGGCUACAAAUUAUAUUUGCAAUCGUAAUGGGAUUCUCAUGUGCACAGAUUGGAUUAAAUCAGCUACAUGACGCGUCUCACUUUUCAGUAACAAACGAUCCUUUUGUCUGGGAAUUAUUGGGUGCUUCUCAUGAUUUCUUUAAUGGAUGUUC